UGACUGCGCGCUGUUACUAUGGCAGAAGCACUGGCAAGCGGAAAGUAACAUUUUGUAGUUAAUUUGUUAUACUUUGACUAAUCGUAGCUAUAGAUUUUUUCGUAACUCCUUUGUGCAGUCAUGCGGCGAAGUAAGGUGGAAGUGGAUCGCUAUAUUUCUUCAGUGCAGAGUUCAUCUCCUUCACUCAGAGAGAAGCCAAUAAAGGGGUUCCUGUUCGCCAAACUGUAUUUUGAGGCAAAAGAAUAUGAACUUGCUAAAAGACAUGUAUCUGAGUAUCUCAAAGUCCAGGAGAGAGAUCCUAAAGCCCACAAAUUCCUUGGCAAGCUCUAUGAGAGAGAAGGAGAAAUCAACAAGGCAAUAGGAUGCUAUAAGCGGUCAGUGGAUUUGAACCCAGCCCAGAGGGAUUUAGUGUUGAAGGUGGCUGAGCUGCUGUGCAGUAAAGAGGAAUGUGACAGUAGGGCUGAUUUCUGGGUGGAAAAGGCUGCCAAACUGCUCCCUGGCAACCCAGCUGUCUUCAACCUCAAGGAGCAGUUGCUGAGCCGUCAAGGACAGCAGGGUUGGAACCGCCUCUUUGAUCUACUUCAAGCUGAGCUUGUGGUACGACCAGCUGACACCCAUGUCAACAUAAAAUUGGUGCAGCUCUACUUGAAGGAUGGCCGACUGGAUGAGGCUGUUAAGCACUGCCUUGUUGCUGAGAAAAAGGGUCAAAUGCGUCACAGCCUGGACUGGUAUACCAUGGUGGUACAGACCCUGCAGGACCACCUGGCCCAGCCCAGUGUCUCCAAAAAUGAGAAGAUGUGUCAGCGUUUCCAGCGAGAACUGCUGUUGGCGCAUUGUAACCUACUGAGACUUACACUAUCCGAGAGUGGCGUGCAGCCCAGCCUCAAUGCGCUCAGAAGUUUUGAUCAGGCGAUGCAGGCCUUGAGCUCUGUGGUUGGCAGCCAAACAGAAGACCUCUAUGAGGUAUUCGAGGAGAUGCGGGGCCACCUCUACCUGCACACAGGAUCCCUGCUGUUAAAGAUGGCCCAUGAGCGCGAGCACCAGUGGAGGGCCGUCACAGACCUAGCUGCACUCUGCUACCUGCUAGCUUAUCAGGUUCCCAGACCAAAGGCAAAGGUGACCAAAGGGGAUCAGUCAUCCCCUCAGCUGCUGGAACUGCUGGCUAAUGACAGGCAAAGCCAAGCUGGCCACAUGCUCCUUAACCUCAGCACCGAUGCACCAACCUUCACCAGAGAGGUGGCAGAGUUGUAUGGAAACCGUAGCGGCCAGGGCUCUCUUUUUGAACUGCUGUUUGGAUCCCAAGCUUCUACGGGGGUCUCCUUCAUUGCCAAUGAUGACAUCCGCUCUAUCAACACACAGGCUCCUGAGCUCUCUCACCUGGCUAAAUGGGACAGUGGUUCCAUCUUGCUCCAUGGAGGAGACCUCCAGCACCUCAGCUGGCUUGGGCUGCAGUGGGUCCUGCUGGCCCAGCAGGUGCCUCUGCGAGACUGGCUGAAGCAGCUUUUUCCCAGGCUCACCCUGGAAACCUCAAAGCUUGACACGAACACACCAGAGUCCAUCUGCUUGCUUGAUUUGGAGGUGUUUGUGUAUGGGGUACUGUUCUGCAGCCACAGCCAGCUACAAAAGACUGCCAAGAACCACAGUUUGACUCCACAGCAGCUUCAUGAGCCACGCUGCCUGCCCCUUCCCCUCCUUCGCCUCCUUGCAACAGAUAAGCAGAGGGAGUGGUGGGAUGCUGUCUACAGCCUAAUCCACAAAAAAACUCUUCCUGGAAUGUCAGCCAAGCUGCGGAUGAUAGCUCAGCAUGGACUGAACACCCUGAGAGCAGGAGAGAAGCAUGGGCUGCAACCAGCGCUGCCGAUUUACUGGGCUCAGCAUCUCAGCCAGACGGGCAUUGGAUUGAAAUCAUACUAUGACCAGAAGGAAUACAUUACUCGAAGUGUUCACUACUGGAGGAUGGUCCUGCCACUCUUGGACAGGAUUAAAAACAGGCGCAGUAUCCCUGAACCCCUUGACCCCCUCUUCAUACACUUCCCGUCAAAAGAUAUCCAGUUUUCAGAAGUGAAGCGCUAUGAAGAGGAGGCCAUGAUAGCGUUUGCUAUUCUCCUGGAUGUUGAGGGCAAGACGGAAGAGGCCAUUGCCACUUUGGAAACAAUCAAUAACAUGUCAUCCAUCUGGCAUCUGGCACGGAUUUACCAGCGCCUGUCAGAGGAGGCAGGAAACGGAGUUGAGGAGACCCAGGACAGAUGUAUCACGUUCCUUAGGAAGUUUAGGAUCUACAUUUCCAAGAUCUAUAAUGCUAAUGCAGAUGACAUAGAAAAGCUCCCUGUGACCAUGGAGGAAGUGAUUGAUCUUCUACAUGAAGUGAACCAGCAGCUGGAGUAUAGGGGUGAGACUAUAAAUGAGGAUGAAGAAGAAGGCCGAGGAGGAUCAGCCCACUCCAGCCCAGCACAUUUGAGAGAAACCACUGCCGCUGUUUCUCACAUAAAGUUCUCUAAUCCAUCCCCGAACAAGAGUAUCCUCUCUCCUUCCAAAAGGCACCUGAUAUCCCCUAAAACACCACCGCAUUGGGUGGAGGACCAGAAAACCCUCCUCCAGAUGCUCUGCCAGCAAGUCGAAGCACUCAAGAAUGAGGUUCAUGAUCUGAGGCACAACACCGGGAACACAGGCUCUCCCCACCACAGGAUGUAUGGGGACAGCUAUGGGGCUGAGGCCCUAGAGGAGCCCUAUGCCUCAGUACAGUCCUUCCAUGGAGCCCCCUUAACAGUUGCUACCACAGGUCCCUCUGUAUUUUACAACCAAUCUCCUGCUUAUAACUCCCAAUAUUUGCUUCGGACAGCACCGAAUGUAACUCCAACAAAGGGAUCUGCUUAUAGCCUGAACCGCGUGCCACCACAACAGCACAUGUAUGCUUACCAGCAGCCAACUCAAACACCUCCCUUGCAAACAGGUCCAGCCUGCAUCUUUCCCCCUCAAGAGCAGGGCUUCAGUGCUCCUCUUCGUUUUGAAUCUCCAGCCACCAGCCUUCUCUCCCCAUACAGUGAGGAAUAUUAUAGCCAUGGUGUCACCCAAACAACCACCAACCCUCCCUUACCUGAACCUGGGUACUUCACCAAACCAUCUGUAGUCCCCGUUCAGCCUCCAAAAAGUAUAGAGGGGAAGCCUGUGAACUUUGGGAAGAUCUCAUUUAGUCAGCAGGCACCUGCUGAAGUCCAAAAUGUGCCUAGUUUUGGAUCGGGGGCACUUGCCCAAUCCACGCCAUCAGCUGCAUUCAAAUUCAACUCCAACUUCAAAUCCAACGAUGGAGACUUCACCUUCUCAGCUUCUCAGACUAAGCACAGUGAGAGCCUGCUUGGUCUAUUGACAUCGGACAUUCCCACUAAAACAGAUGUACCAUCUGGGCAGAUGACUCAAGAGCACCCCCAGAAUCAAACAGGCAUUUUUACGUUUGGAAGUAAAAACCUUCCUGGGUUCACUUUUGCUGAUACAGCUCAAAGAACAGGCACCGGAGGCUUGUUUGGAAAAGCGGAGCUGCCAUUUCAAUUUGGUGAAGACACCAAGCCUUUGUUUGGAAUGGUAAAGUCUACAGAAGAGCAAGCAGUGGAGAGUGAUAAUGACAGUGCUCAAGGGGAGGAGGAUGAGGAUGGCCCUCACUUUGAACCCAUUGUACCCCUUCCUGACAAAAUAGAUGUAAAAACAGGUGAGGAAGAAGAAGAGGAGAUGUUCUUCACAAGGGCCAAGCUGUUCCGAUUCGAUACCGAAACAAAAGAGUGGAAAGAACGGGGCAUUGGUAAUGUAAAAAUAUUGAAACAUAGCACUUCAGGGAAAGUUCGCCUCUUAAUGAGGAGGGAACAAGUCCUCAAGAUCUGCGCCAACCACUAUAUCACUGCUGAUAUGCUCCUGAAACCAAAUGCUGGCUCUGACAAGUCUUGGGUCUGGAAUGCUAUUGAUUAUGCAGAUGAGCAGCCAAAGCCUGAGCAGCUGGCCAUCCGCUUUAAGACAGCAGAUGAGGCAUCACUUUUCAAAACAAAGUUUGAAGAAGCUCAGAAAACUGUGCCAAAUCCACCAGAGAAGCAUGGCCAGCUGGAGCAAAACGAAACAAGCCACAAUUCUUCCAAACCUCCAGCAACAGCAUUUGGAGCCCAGUUUGCAAUUAAAGAUGAUGAAUGGGAAUGUGGUGUGUGCUGUGUGAAAAACAAGGUCACAUUCACUAAGUGUGUUGCAUGUCAGAGUCCUAUUCCUAAUUCUAAUUCUUUAUCAAAGCCAGAUAGUAAAACUCCUGAAACUACAGGGGUCCCUGCAGGGCAAGCCAUGUCAAGUAGCUUUACUUUCAAGUUUGGGACUGAUUCAUCAAAAAACAGCAGUUUAGGCUCUAAAUUUACAGGAUUUGGGAAUUUUAGAGCUUCUCCUCCCUCUUCAUUUACAUUUGACACCAACCAUUUAACACAAGAUGAUAGUACAAAAAGUAUGUUUGGUUCUUGCUUUGGGACUAGUUUCGGUGCAAAGCUCGGACAGUGGGAUUGUGGUAAAUGCACUGUGAGAAAUGAGGCCACUGCAAAUGUUUGUGUAAAUUGUCAAGCCCCUAAACCCUCAGCUAUAGCUACUGCUGCAGCACUGACUGAAAAUGUAGCUGCACCAACAACAAAGGUCUUAGUGUCUGACUCUGGGUUUGGUGGCCAGUUUGCUAAGAAGCCAGAACAAUGGGACUGUGACAUAUGUUGUGUAAGAAAUGAAGGUUCUUCUAACAAAUGUGUCUGCUGUCAAAAUCCUAACCCCUCCCCUAAAACAGUAGAGGUUCCAGCAAUAUCAAAGCCAGCAGCCAUGCCAUUUGGAUCUGAUUUGGGGGCUGCUUUUGUAAAAAGUGAUCAAUGGGACUGCAACUCAUGCCUUGUGCGAAAUGAUGCUUCGACCUCUAAAUGUGUUUCAUGCCAGACCCCACGCCCUACCCCUUCCUUGGGAACCAUGUUUGCUAAGAAAGACGGACAGUGGGAUUGUGAGGUUUGCCUGGUGAGGAACGAUGCGUCUGCCAUUAAUUGCGUCGCCUGCCAUAGUCCUAAUGUCAGAGUACAAACCACAUCCAGUAGCAAUCCCUCCAGCUCCACCUUCAGUUUUAGCUUUGGAAGUCCUAGUUCCACUAACGAACCUGCUGGAACUUGUGCCAGCACAACCUUAGGAGCAGACAGCAGUUUUCACUUUGGUCCAACUAAAGAUAAAAAUUCAGUUGCAUCCUUUAAGUUUGAGGCUCCACACUCUGGAACUAAUGUCACCAGUGCUUCAGUCUUUUCAUUCUCAAUGCCCAUUCCAUCUGGUGGUUUCAAGUUUGGCACUCAGGGCAUUACUAAAGAAAGUUCUGCAGUUGAUACUAAAACACCUCUAUUGGAGUCUGCCUCCAUGUUCCUGAAAAAUGUAGCUGAUGAACAUAGAGAGAAAGAAAAGGAGUCUGCAGCAUUACUGUGUGAAACUGAGCAAGGCCAAAAUCCAAUAUUCACUGCUAAACCGAAUAUGUUUAGUUUUGCAGAUUUGGCCAAGUCCUCUGAAGGGGAUUUCCAGUUUGGCCAGAAAGACCCCAAUUUCAAAGGGUUCUCACGUGCUGGUGAACAGCUGUUUUCAUCAUUCCAAGCAACUCCAAACAAAGAAGACAUCUCUACUGACCAGGACAAAGAGGAAAUGUACAAGACGGAGGAGAAUGAUGAUAUCCAGUUUGAGCCAGUGGUUCAGAUGCCUGAGAAGGUCGACCUGGUGACAGGGGAGGAGGAUGAGCAGGUCCUUUACUCUCAGCGUAUCAAGCUGUUCAGAUUUGACUCUGGCAGUAGUCAGUGGAAGGAGCGUGGAGUGGGAAUCCUCAAAUUCCUGAAAAACAACAAUAAUGGUAGACUUAGGGUGCUGAUGCGAAGAGAACAAGUCCUGAAGGUCUGUGCCAAUCACUGGAUCACUACUACCAUGAAUCUUAAGCCCCUAGCAGGCUCUGACAAGGCAUGGAUGUGGCUUGCAAAUGACUUCUCUGAUGGAGAUGCCAAACCAGAACAGCUAGCUGCCAAAUUCAAAACCCCUGAGCUGGCUGAGGAGUUUAAGCAGAAGUUUGAAGAGUGCCAAAGACUUCUCUUAGAUAUCCCAUUGCAAACUCCCCACAAGCUUGUUGACACUGGUAGAACAGCACAGCUCAUUCAGAAGGCUGAGGAAAUGAAAUCAGGACUGAAAGACCUUAAAUCCUUCCUGACAGAUGAGAAAACAAAGAUUAAGGACAAUGACAGCCAAACAAACAUCACAACAUCAAGCAGCAUUUCAGGACUUGUCAUUAAGUCUCAUGCUGAGAGCACUGGCCCCACCUUGGAGUGGGAUAACUAUGACCUUAGAAAAGAGGCUUUAGAUGAUACUACUGACACAUCGGUCUAUGCCUCCCCUGUUGCCAGCAAUCCGAUCAGGAAGAACCUUUUCCGCUUUGGGGAAUCCAGUAGUGGGUUCAGCUUCAACUUUCAGCCUGCCAUCAGUCCCUCCAAAUCUCCUAAACUCAACCAGAGCAGAGCAUCAGUGGGAACUGAUGAUGAGUCAGAUGUAACUCAGGAUGAAGAGAGGGAUGUUCAGUACUUUGAACCAGUGGUCCCCUUACCUGAUCUAGUGGAGAUUUCCACAGGGGAAGAAAAUGAGCAGGUGGUCUUUAGCCAUCGGGCCAAACUAUACCGCUACGAUAAAGAUUUGGGCCAGUGGAAAGAGAGGGGCAUUGGAGACCUCAAGAUCCUGCAGAAUUACGUUACCAAACGGGUAAGGCUGAUCAUGAGGAGAGACCAGGUACUCAAGAUCUGUGCUAACCACUGGAUCACAACUGCUAUGAAGUUGGAACCUAUGAAGGGGGCAGAGAAGGCUUGGGUCUGGAGUGCCUUGGAUUUUGCUGAGGGAACAGAGGGCAAAGUUGAACAAUUGGCUGUGAGGUUCAAGCUACAGGAUGUAGCUAACAAAUUCAAGGAAGCCUUUGAAGAGGCCAAGCAUGCACAAGAAGAGGAGGUCCUUUUAACUCCGGUGACAUCGAGAAUGGUAACUCCACUUGAUACUGGCACUUUAGGAACUGCAACAAAAAUGGUCACCACUGUAUGUGGAAAGGCAGCUGUUGCCAUUCUUGAGGAGACCACUAAGAAACGCACUGAGUUGCCAGAUGACAAGUCCUCUGUCACAGCUAUGUCACAGAGCUCACCCAACUUAUCCAAGACAGUGGUGUCCCCUCCUAAAUUUGUCUUUGGCACUGAUAGUCUUCAAAAGAUCUUUGGCGCUCCCAAGGCUUCAUCUGAAACUGAAUAUUCAUCCUCCAGCUUCAAAGCUGAAGAUGGUGGACAACUUGCCCAGGCCCCACCUACAACAUCUGCAUUUAAAAUCCCAGAAAAAGGACUUCCUAAGGCAGAAGAGGACACUGCAGAAGAGGACACUGCAGACUCUGACGUGGAAGUGGUGUAUGUGAGGGAGCCUACUGCUGAGCAGGCCAUUUUAGCCAGGAAGCUGAAGCUGCCAUUAACCUUCUUUUGCUAUCAGAAUGAACCGGGUUAUACUAGCGAUGACCAUGCUGAUGAUGAGGACUAUGAGUCAGCCGUGACAGCCAUGUGUGGAAAACUCUACCAUGAUCCCCCCGAAAGAGAGACUCCAGCAUCUGAUGGCUUCCAGCCAGACCCAGAGACCCAAGUAGUGUGGGAAAAAAAACCCACACCAGAGGAGGAGGAGAAGGCUAAGAGCUUGCAACUUCCCCCCACAUUCUUUUGUGGCCUGGGCAACAUUGACAAUGACACUGACGGAGACAAGCCCGAAGACUUUGAGGCGGAGGUCCGCAAAGCGCAGCAGGAUUUGGAUGCCCAACUAAACACAGAAGCAACUACUUCUACAAGCAGUGCCGAGGCCCAAGAAGAUCCGACCUUAUACCGGGUUGAGCCUUCAGACCAGUCAUCCCAUACCCUUAGUGGGGCACCUAGAAACACUUCUCCCAUUGACUUGUCGACCAAGAUUCCUGAACCAGAUUGUACUGGCGCUGCUACAACUACCACUACAGCCAUUACUUCUACUCUCUCUACUCCAUCCACUACCACUGAAGACCCUCCAACCUUUGGAUUCAACUCGUUCGGUGGCUUCUCAUUUGCUGACCUGGCAAAAAACACAGGAGAAUUUACCUUUGGAAAGAAAGACUCUAACUUCUCAUGGGCAAACACUGGAGCAACAGUAUUUGGAUUUGCAUCAUCCUCUUCACCAAAAAACGAUGGGGAGGAGGAAGGGAGUGAUGAGGAAGAGGCUCCUAAUAAUGUGGACAUUCACUUUGAGCCAAUAGUGUCUCUACCAGAGGUGAGGACCAAGUCUGGUGAGGAGGAUGAGGAAAUCCUGUUCAAGGAGCGUACCAAGCUGUUUCGAUGGGACCGAGAUCUGAGCCAAUGGAAAGAGCGUGGUAUAGGUGACAUUAAGAUCCUUUUCCACCCCAUCAAGCACUUUUAUCGCAUUCUGAUGAGAAGAGACCAGGUGCUGAGGGUGUGCGCCAACCACACCAUCUCAAAUGCCAUGGAACUUAAACCCAUGAACACAUCAGCCAAUGCACUGGUCUGGACUGCCACAGACUACUCAGAGGGUGAGGGCAGAGUGGAGCAGCUCGCCGCAAAGUUCAAAACUCCAGAACUAGCUGAAACAUUCAGGAAGACCUUCUUGGAAUGUCAGAGUCGCAUUGGUCAAUCAAGUGAUGACAAUAACCAACCACAGAUGUCCAGAGCCCAAGAGCACUCUAGGGCCACCAACCCCAAGGUCUUCCUCACCGUUGCAGCUGAUGGCCAGUGCCUUGGCACCAUCACCGUAGAGUUGUUCUCCCAUAUUGUCCCCAAAACAGCCGAAAAUUUCCGGGCUCUCUGUACAGGUGAAAAGGGCUUUGGGCUACGAGAUUCCAUCUUCCACAGGGUCAUACCGGAAUUCAUGUGUCAGGCCGGUGACAUCACCCACCAGGAUGGCACAGGAGGCAGGUCCAUCUACGGUAGUGAGUUUGAGGACGAGAACUUUGAUGUUCGCCACACAGGCCCAGGGUUACUGUCAAUGGCCAACUCUGGUCGUGACACCAACAAAUCGCAAUUCUUCAUCACACUAAAGAAGGCCGAGCACCUGGAUUUUAAACAUGUGGCCUUUGGCUGGGUCCAGGACGGCAUGGAUGUGGUGCGACAAAUUGGCGAGCUGGGAACAAAGACUGGAAAGCCCACCAAGAGGAUUAUCAUCACAGACUGUGGACAGCUGUAGUGUUUUUCUCCCAGCUGUCGUAGGGCUGUGUAGGGUGGAUUGUAAAGGAGUGUUAAGAAAAGACUACCAGAAAUGAUCUGCUACCUGUGUAGUGCUUGUCAAAACUGAAUCUACAGGAAAAAAACACUUGGAACGUGAGGUACUGAUAUAGCAUCACUGGUCAAGGUAUUUGAGAAUGUAAACUUGACUCGAGUGGUCAAAUUAGUUGUUUUCAAAGGUUAUACCUGAUGAAAUCUUUUUUUUUUCUUGCUGUCAAGUCAAUUUUAUUUUUAUAGCCCUUUCAUGUGGUCUUAAAUAAUGCACUCCACAGAGAAUAGGGUGUAGACUAUGGGAGUAAAUCCUCCAUUUGGAGCAAAUCCAUCUUCCUCUUGCUUUAUUGUACUUGUGACCUCUUUUCUCCCUUCCAGCCAAGGAAAGUGAAGUGUGCAGUGUGUAUUUUGCUUGUAUAAUUGUACAUGAACUGCUUUUUUGUUAAUAUUUUUCUGGUCAUUGCAUGUGUUGCAGUUGUAUGUGCUGGUUUUACGAUACAAGAUUCACUUAAUCAGGUUUUCUCCUUGUAAUCAAGCUGAAACUGAAAGGCGAGUUCAGAGCAACCAUUGGUUUGCUAGUGUUUCCCGCCGUCAUCUUCUGACUCUGUACGUCUGGUCUUACUGUCAUAUUCCAUUUGUUUCUUCCUUGUGUACAGGCUUUGCAUUAUGUACAAAAUUUGGAUUUGAAACUUGCCCGCUUAGAGCCGUCAAAGUAAUCUUGUUUUAGCCUUGUCCAAUGGGGAGAGGGUGGGUGAAAAUGGCUUUUUGUUUGGAUUUGAACUUAAAAAGGCCUUCCACUAUAGUUUAUUGAUUAUACAUUUGAGGAUGUUGUGCUGAAAUAAUAUGCUGGAAAAGGAGAAAUAAAUUGCUUUAU